ACUGAUAAACGUGAUUAUGCAUCACGUGAGGCUUGAUAAACAUGGCGACACAACAAUCAGACAAACCGACGGAGCUGAAGGAGGAAAAGAUUGCCAUUAUUGGCAGUGGGUUGAUUGGACGGAGUUGGGCGAUGCUGUUCGCCUCGGGCGGCUACCCCGUAUCGCUGUUUGACACCGAUUCGCGUCAGGUAAAGGACGCCAUGACGAACAUUCAGCAACAGCUUACCAUGUUAUCAGAAAGAGGCUUAGGUCGAGGAAGCCUGUCCGCUGAUGUCCAGUUCUCGAGAAUUAGCGCAAGUACAUCUCUGCUGGAGGCGGUCAACAACGCCGUGUACAUACAGGAAUGUGUUCCUGAGAGGAGGGAGCUGAAGCGCGCCGUCUUGCUUGAGGUCGACGGGGCCAUGACGUCAACAGCCAUCUUGGCGAGUUCCACCAGCGCUAUGAUGCCGUCCCUUCUGUCUGACCACCUAACCAACAAAGACCGAUUUAUAGUGGCACAUCCGACAAACCCUCCAUUUUAUGUCCCUGUCGUGGAAAUAGUACCUGCGCCCUGGACUGCUGAUCACGUGACAGCUAAGACUUCUGAGAUCAUGGAUGCUAUUGGUCAAGUUCCGGUAGUUUUCUACAAGGAGGUGGACGGAUUUGCUGUUGGGAGGAUCCAGUUUGCAAUACUCAACGUGGCCUACGAACUAAUCAAGAAUGACGUCUGUGACGUCGAUGCCGUUGAGGUAGCCAUGACGGAAGGGUUGGGGAUGUGGUACGCCUUCUUUGGACCGUUUGAAGUGGAACAUCUGAAUGCAGACGGGUUUGUGGAUCUGUGCAGCAAAUAUGGGGAGACUGUUUAUAGCGUUCAACAAACGUUUGCUGCACCUGAGAAGAUGGAAGGACUGACGGCGGAGAGGAUGCGCGAGCAACUAGAGCUGUUCUGUCCUCUGGACAAACUCCAGGAAAAACGUCAGUGGAGAGAUGAACGUUUAGCGGCUUUGUCUCGCCUCGUCCGGGACUUGGACAGAGAAGAGGCGACACCUAGCGGAGACAACUAGUGUCAUCUCAUGAGUUCGGCAAAUAGGAUUAUUGUGAAUGUGAUAACAUGUUUGCAAGCAGCCAUGUGAUGUCAAUUUUGAUGUAGUUUGUGUGGGAAGGUAUUGGUACAUGAUUAUCAGAUUAAAGAUGAUAUCAACACGG